AUGUACUUUGUACUCAAUCUGGUAUUGACAUUGUACAACAAGAUCAUUUUAUCGCUUUUCCAGUUUCCGUAUCCAUGGACGCUGACAGCCAUUCACACGUUAUGCGGUGCGAUUGGAGCCUAUCUAUUCUGGCGUUUUAACGUAUUUACUCCUGCCAAACUGGGUGAACGGGAAAAUAUCAUUAUGAUUCUGUUUUCGGUCCUCUAUACUAUCAAUAUUGCCAUCAGUAAUGUUUCACUUAAUCUUGUCACAGUGCCUUUCCACCAAGUGGUUCGUGCCAUGACGCCGGUAUUCACCAUCUUGCUGUCUGUCAUGUUCCUCAGCAAAUCCUACUCUACCAUGACCUAUAUUUCGCUGUUACCGGUUGUUGCAGGUGUCGCUUUCGCAACAUUUGGCGAUUAUGAUUAUACAGGCAUGGGAUUCUUUCUGACGGUUCUGGGCACGGUGUUAGCAGCAGUGAAAACGGUCGUGACGAAUCGCGUUCAGGUCGGUCGACUCAAGCUGCAUCCAUUGGAUCUGUUACUACGCAUGUCGCCACUCGCGUUUAUGCAAACACUCGUUUAUGCGUAUGCAACGGGCGAAAUGGCCCAAGUACGCGAGUUUUACCGGACGGGAUUCACAUGGACGCUCGCUUUUGCGCUGUUGGUCAAUGGCGUGAUUGCAUUCUUUCUAAACGUCGUCAGCUUCACUGCCAACAAAAAGACGAGCGCACUGACGAUGACCGUGGCAGGCAACGUAAAGCAGGUUCUUUCGAUCGUACUGGCGGUGAUCAUCUUUAAAUUGCAUAUCACGUGGAUGAAUGCAUGGGGCAUCUUGUUGACUUUGGGUGGUGGCGCUUGGUACACGUAA